AUGGUAAUAAUAAUUCUUGGGAAUUCCAAUAGCAGCAGUGAUGAAGACUCAGAUAUCAACAGUGAAAAUUCACAAAGUGAUUUUGAGAACGAGGACAAGAACAGUUUAAACUUGAAACAUUCAAGUAAUCCUGUCGGCAGUAACAAUAAUGGUCAUAAUGAGGAGGCGUCAAACAAAACCAUUUUAACAAAAAACAGAAAAAAUUCCAAUUCAAACCUUCAAAACAAUUGCCUAGAUACCGAUGAAAUUCACAAAACCGAUUCAAACAUAGUUGAUGACGAAUCUGAACAUGAUAAUAAUCAUAAUCAAUCGACAAAAACCACACAAACAAGGCAAGAUUAUAGGAAAAAACUUGCAGAGGACCCAUCAUACGUUCCUAAAUUUGGAUACUUUUGGGGUCAUGAUGACCGAUUUGUCAAGGAAGAAGCUGAAAAUCUUCAAGAUAAUAAUAACAAAUUUAGAAAAUUCCCAUCAAGAAAUAAAGGAGGGUUCAAAAAUCCCCCAACAGAAAAUCAAUGGGGACAUGAUGGAUAUGAAGAAUUGAUACGCAAAUCGUCAUUGGACCACCAUAACACUAACAACCACCGUCCCAACAGCAGUAACCAAUAUCACAAUAAUAGUCGGCAUCACAAUAAUAACUACCAUUACGAUGAUAACUACCAUCACAAUAAUAACUACUAUUACGAUGACAAUUACUAUUAUGAUAAUAACUACCGUCACGAUAAUCAUCACAAUUAUAGUAAUAACUACCGUCACGAUAAUAACUACUAUCACCGUUACGAUAAUAAUCACCGUCAUAAUAAUAACUAUCGUCAUGCUAAUGGAAAUAAUUAUAAUCAUAAAAAUAAAAGCGCCUCAUACGAUGAAGAUUUUAACGAUGAUGAUGUAGUUAAGAAAAAAGAACCUUUACAAAAUGAUAUUUCACCUUUAAAGGACGAAGCGGUUGAGAAGAAAGACGCUAUAAAUGAAUUGGAAAUUGCAUCCAAUGAAGAAGAUGCUCCAGAAAUAACUACAUGUAUCCAUCAAGAAAAGGAAAUUGAUAAUGUUGAGCAAAAAGAAAUGAAAAAUACGAAUAUGAAAUCUAUCGAAUCAAAAAAUAACGCAAGUACCCAACCAGUUGAACCAUCUACUACCUCAACAGCAUCUUCAUCCAAAAGAUAUUCUUCAAGAAGGGUUGUUACCACAUUACCUCAAACUAACACCAAUUCAGAAGAUAAACCAGAUUCUCCAAAAUCUCCAACCGAAAAUAACACCAAUGAACCUCAACAUAAAUUGAGUGAACUUCCACAUACAGCUGUAUUCGCAAGACCUUUUAAACCAAAAUCGGCGAUAGUGAACGAAGAAAAGAUACAUUCACCUGAUGAAAAUAAUCUAAAUGUCGUCAAUAGCAAUUAUAUUCCACCUCAGCUCAACAAAGUAAUGUUACCAUAUUAUCCAAUAAAUAAUGUACCAUUCACACCAAUAGGUUUGGCAGACAAUAGUAUUAAAAGUGAUAACAAAACAAACUAUCAAAAUAUUCAAGAAAAUACAGAAAAGGAAAUUGAUAAUGUUGAGCAAAAAGAAAUGAAAAAUACGAAUAUGAAAUCUAUCGAAUCAAAAAAUAACGCAAGUACCCAACCAGUUGAACCAUCUACUACCUCAACAGCAUCUUCAUCCAAAAGAUAUUCUUCAAGAAGGGUUGUUACCACAUUACCUCAAACUAACACCAAUUCAGAAGAUAAACCAGAUUCUCCAAAAUCUCCAACCGAAAAUAACACCAAUGAACCUCAACAUAAAUUGAGUGAACUUCCACAUACAGCUGUAUUCGCAAGACCUUUUAAACCAAAAUCGGCGAUAGUGAACGAAGAAAAGAUACAUUCACCUGAUGAAAAUAAUCUAAAUGUCGUCAAUAGCAAUUAUAUUCCACCUCAGCUCAACAAAGUAAUGUUACCAUAUUAUCCAAUAAAUAAUGUACCAUUCACACCAAUAGGUUUGGCAGACAAUAGUAUUAAAAGUGAUAACAAAACAAACUAUCAAAAUAUUCAAGAAAAUACAGGUUUAUACAAUUAUAAUCAGAGUUAUCAUUAA